AUGUUGCUGCUUCAGUGCAGUCACGGAGCCCCUUUUCCUAAGCUAGAUAACUUGGUACCAAGUGGAAAAAUGAAGAUUCUCCUGAUCUUUUUAGGUCUGCUUGGUAAUUCCAUUGCUAUGCCAAUGCAAAUGCCCCGAAUGCCUGGAUUUAGCAGUAAAAGUGAGGAGAUGAUGCGGUAUAGUCAAUUCAACUUUAUGAACCCCUCACAUAUGGCACCACUGGGCCCCUUGUAUGGAAAUGGUGUGCAGCUCCCUCAACUCUACCCACAGUACCAGAUGCCCAUGUGGCCUCAGCCACCACCCAACAUGGGGCACCCCCAAAAACCUUCAUCUCCUUCAGCAACCAAACGUCAGAGCAAGACUGAUCAAACCCAAGAGACCCAGAAACCCAGCCAGCCUCAACCAAAAAAGCCACCACCAAAGAGGCCUUUAAAGCAGCCACCAGCUGCCCCAACUGAUCCCCAAGAGGAAGCCCAGCCACCUCAGGCAUUCCCACCAUUUGGCAAUGGGCUCUUUCCCUAUCAACAGCCACCAUGGCAAGUUCCACAUCGGGUACCACCGGGUUAUGGACGUCCACCAGUCAGCAAUGAAGAAGGGGGGAAUCCUUACUUUGGAUAUUUUGGAUAUCAUGGAUUUGGAGGUCGUCCUCCUUAUUAUUCAGAAGAGAUGUUUGAACAAGAUUUUGAAAAACCCAAAGAAAAAGACCCUCCUAAAACAGAGAGCCCAGCCACUGAACCCUCAUCUAAUUCAACAGUUCCUGGGACUAAUUCUACCCAACCUAAUGCACCAAAUCCAGGAGGGAGUCAGGGCGGAAAUGACACCAGCACAACAGGAAACAGUGGCCAUGGGCCGAACACUGCGAGCAACCCUACAACUCAAAAUGGGGUCGUCCCACCCCCGGCAGUUAAUGUUUCAGGCCAGGGGACACAAAGAAGUCAAAUCCCAUGGGGACCAAGUCAGCCAAAUAUUUAUGAAUACUACCCAAAUCCUAACGCCCCAAGUUUUCCUGCAGGAAGACAAUGGCGUCCCACUAGUACUGUUAUUGGGCACAGACAGAAUGGGCCUUUUUACCGAAAUCAGCAAGUCCAAAGGGGUCCUCGGUGGAACCCCUACACUUGGGAAGUCAGACAAGCAGUUCGUCCAGGAAAUCCAAUUUAUCGCAAACCUUAUGCUUCCACUGCAAGAGGCAAUUCUCCCAAUCAUGCAGGAAAUCCAGCAAAUAUCAGAAGAAAGCCUCAAGGGCCAAAUAAACACCCUAUGGGAACCAAUGUUGCUCCAUUGGGUCCCAAACAUGGUACUGUUGGCCGUAAUGAAAAAAUCCAAAAUCCAAGAGAGAAGCCACUAGGUCAAAAAGAAAAAAUAGUCAUUCCUACACGGGAUCCAACUGGCCCCUGGAGAAACUCUCAAGAUUAUGGAGUUAAUAAAUCAAACUAUAAAUUGCCUCACACUGAGGGUAACAUGCUAGUCCCAAAUUUUAAUUCAAUUGAUCAACGUGAAAACUCUUAUUAUCCAAGAGGAGAUUCCAGAAAAGCCCCAAAUUCUGAUGGGCAAACCCAAAAUCAGAAUUUGCCCAAAGGGAUUAUUUUAGAGCCAAGAAGGAUCCCAUAUGAAUCUGAAACUAAUCGGCCAGAAUUAAAGCACAGUACAUAUCAGCCUGUAUACCGUGAGGAAAUCCCUUCCCCUGCAAGGGAACAUUUUCCUGCAGGAAGAAAUACUUGGAACCACCAAGAAACCUCUCCAUCUUUUAAGGAAGAUCCUGGGAGGCAGGAGGAACUCUUACCUCAUCGUUCCCAUGGCUUAAGAGGAGGUGUGUACUACCCUGACUAUAACCCCUAUGAUCCCAGGGAAAGCUCACCAUACCUUAGAAGCAAUCCAUGGGAUGAGAGAGAUGAUUCUCCCAACACUAGGAGGCAACCCGAAAAUCCGCUGUACCCCAUGAAUACUCCAGACCCAAAAGAGACAGUCCCUUAUCAUGAAGAGGACCCAAUUGAUCCAACUGGAGACGAACAUUUCCCAGGACAAAGUAGAUGGGGGAUGGAAGAGUCAAGCUUUAAAGAAAGCCCAACAGUUAGGCACUAUGAAGGUGAACAUUAUACUUCAAAUCAACCAAAAGAAUACCUUCCCUAUUCCUUAGAUAAUCCAUUGAAACCCAGGGAAGAUUUUCCUUAUGGUGAAUUUUACCCCUGGAAUCCAGAUGAGAAUUUUCCAUCAUAUAAUACAGUUCCCACUGUACCACCGCCUGUGGAGAACAGGGGCUAUUAUGCUAAUAGCCCUGUUGGACCAGAAGAAAGCACUCUGUUUCCUUCUUGGAAUUCCUGGGACCCUAGAAUACAAGCCCAAGGGCAAAAAGAAAGAAGGCCAUAUUUUAACAGAAAUUUCUGGGAUCAGCCAACACAUGUACAUAAAGCCCCUCCUAGUCCACCGCACCAGAAGGAGAACCAGCAGUAUUCUAGUAACUCCCCAGCUGGGCUUCAGAAAAAUCCAACAUGGCGUGAAGGUGAGAAUUUGAAUUAUGGAGUGCAGAUUACUAGGUUAAAUUCACCAGAGGGUGAACAAUUGACUCCCCGGGACUUAAUUCCUCCAAGUUACUCAUCAGGUCCAAAAGAUGCACAUUUAUUUCAUCUAAGCCAGAGAGGACCUUGCUGUGCUGGUGGCUCCCUAGGACGCAAGGACAAUCUACUUGCUCUACAAGACCACACCCCAUCUUUUGGCCUUGCCCCAGGUGAGAACCAUGAGAACCAAGACACCAGUCCUCUGUAUACAAAAGAUAGUCAUACUAAACAUGCCAGGCAUACCAUCUCCCCAACAAGCACCCUACCGAGCCAGAGAAACAGCUCAGAGAAUAGACCGCCUGGAGAAAGUCCAAACCCAAGUCCUUUUAGAGAUGAUGUGUCUACUCUGAGGAGGAACAUACCCUGCUCUAUAAAGAAUCAACCGGACCAAAGAGGAAUUAUGCCCUUUUCUGAAACAAGUUCCCUUCAAUCAAAGAAUACGCCUUGUCUUAAAAGUGACUUAGGAGGAGACGGAAACAAUGUUUUGGAUGAAAUAUUAGAAGGCAGCCAGCUCAAUGAAAGGACUGCUGCCCUUACUCCUGAGCAGCUUGUUAUUGAUACACCUGAUGAAGGCCCCAAUCCAGAAGAACUCCAAAGGGAAAUGCAAGGAAAUGAGGGGGAAAGGCAACAAGAAAGACCAUCUAGCAUCCUACAGUUACCAUGCUUUGGCUCCAAAUUAGCGAAGUAUCUCUCCUCCAGCACUGGAACUCCAUCUAGCAUUGGAAGGCAAGGCCCUUUCAAUGGAGAUUCAAUGAUGCCUACUGAAAUUCCUGACUCAUUGGCUGGGUUAGCCACUGGGGCCCAGUUUCAGAGUGUAAAUGUAGACCCACUUAAUGCAGAUGAACACACUCCAUUUGAUUCCCUUCAAAUAGGGACCAAUCCACAGGACCAGGUGCAAGACUGCUUACUACUUCAGGCCUAG